AGUUCCUCAAGCUUUUCCAACCUCAACGAAUCUACCGCCAUAUGCUCAACGAAAUCUGCCACGUUAUAAUCGUUUAUUCUGUUUAUCAAUUACUUGCUAACUUACACUCUCAUUCUGCAUCUUCCUGAACGUGCCUUACCACGAAAACUAUGAAUACCAGAUCAAACUACUAUUAUGAUCAUUACGAGGGCCUCUUCUAUGAUGAUGGCAUGGUAUUUGAAGAUCCCGAUUUUGCCGGUUGGAAUUAUGAAGGACAGCGUGAGCUGAUGGCUAUGGAUUAAGGACGAGUAGAGGGUUACCCUACAAGAGAAGUCGUUCGAGAUCGAGCCCAGAACUACUCAAAAAACAUCUUUGCAAGCUAUCAUCACCUCCCAUUCGAAGUUCUUCACUCACAUGCCACCUCCGGAUCCUUACACGUCAGAUAUGAAUGUAAUCUCCCGUGCCGGGGUGAAGAUUACUGAAGUAGAUAAAGAGGUCAUGUUCCUCAUCCUAACGUUGUGGAAGGAUGACUGGGGGCUUUUUAUAGCGCGCUUGCCGCUUGUCGUCGAUAAACUAGAGCGAUUGAUGCAGGCAGACUCCAGAGCAGAUGCACUCAUGUCGGCUCAUGCCGCCAAGAUACUUGGUAAUAUUGCUAUUAUAGCACAGUGUCUGAAGCAGCUGGAGCUGUACCAACCAUGGGCCACCCAGUUUGACCAGGUUAUUCAAGCUAAUAUUGAUUUGUACCGAGAUGCUUGGAGUAAGACGCGGGGCAAUUUUAGGCAAUCACAUGAGGCCUUCCUGCGGAAAGAGUUUGAUGAAGCAGCUAGGGUCGCAAAGCCGUCGGGUGGAAAAUUUACCUAUCCGUAUAGCAAACGCCGUACCAAAGAGACGGUAGAUACCAUGCGCCGAGCUGAAGCGAACCGGGACAUCGUCUGGGCCAAGAUCGACCAAGUCACACAAAAGCAUGUCACAGACUUUGAGAAUACUUGUGUUUACGAGCUGCUUUCACGACCGCAGACCCUACGAAGGACGGCUGAGUGGGUUGAGCCUGCAAAGACCGACUCGAAGGCCGAGUCUAUUACGAAUCGAGAUCUGUGGGAGCUCAACAAACCUCCUUCGAAACUGUUUUUGGACGAGCCUGCGCAAGAACCUAAGAAGUUCAAGCCGGAAAUCAAGUCAAAGACCAAGGUCAAGACCAAGGGUGAUCCGACAGAGCCUGCCACUGCCAAGGAGGCGACCCCGCCGGCUGAAGCCACCCAGCCCAAAUUUGCUGUUGAUGCCAAAGCGCUCAAGGUGUUCCGUACUUUGUUCUUCGAUCCCGAAGUAACAACGACUCCUGGCUUGAUCCCGUGGAAUGACUUCCUCUAUGCCAUAGCGGCGACUGGCUUUAAGAUUGAGAAGCUGUACGGCUCGGUCUGGCAGUUUACUCAGACUAAGCUGGACAUUCCUUUUGAUACGGCUAGACGACAUGGACGACGAUUGACGAGGACUUAUGGAUGGCAUGGGGAGCUACAAGACGUACUCACAGCUGUGGAGCAGAAGCAGAGCUGCUAUCCAGUUAAAUCAGCACGGCCUCAUAUGCAUCAACCCCUUACGAAUGAAAACGACAGCUCAUACUACGCGAUGGAGCAAGCGAAAUGUCUAUAUAUGAUGAAGGAGACGGCUGAUGGGCACGGCCUAUUUGCCGAAGAGCUCAUCAAGGCUGGGACUCGCAUCAUUCACGAGAGACCGAUUCUGACAGUUUCACAAGCUGAGACAAAGACAAAAGCCGAGUACAGAUGUGUUGUUGAUCAAGUCGCAGAUCUGAGCGACUCGGAACAACAGCGAUUGAUGGAUCUGUAUCACAACGAUAAAAAGCUGCGCGAAUUCUCAUUCCUUCAGGGCCAACUAUGUCCUGGGACAGAUCUCGACGCUGGUAUUGUCUUGGCCAAGUUCUAUACAAACGCGGCGAGCAUCACAUCCGGAGGUCUCGAAUGUGGCUUGUUCACCAUUUUCUGUCGCAUGAAUCACUCAUGUACACCCAACAUAUGUUGGGUAUACGAUGAGCCAACGGGCUUCAUGGAAAUAUACGCAGUGAGGGACAUUGACAAAGACGAGGAAAUCACCAACUCAUACAUCGAAGUUGCAAUCUCCUACCAAGCCAGAAUGAAGGAGCUGUCGAAUUGGGGCUUUCAGUGUCAGUGCGCCGCCUGUGAAGGGCCUGAUGCUGCUAAGCACGAUGAGCGAAGACGUAGGAUUGCGCAGAUCAAGGAUAUUCUCGACAUUUAUCAGGAUUCUAGAAAAACAGAUGAUGCACCGAAGUUCGCUGAGAUUCCAAAGACAGACCUGGAAGCACUGAAGCUCGGCGAGGAAAGCCUCGCGCUGUUAUCGGAUGAAGAGCUCGUCGAGCAACUGGGUGUCAUGUAUGGGCUGUGUGCCAAGUUUGCCAAAGGCGCUGGGCUAUAUGACUUUGCGGAGGAUUAUGAGGAGAUGGAGUUUGAGAUUUUGGUAAUAACAACUGGGGACUUUGUCGAUUGAGUUGAAAAACGUUCUAAGGGAUCAAGGAUAGUGGAAAGCCAUAUUAUUCGGAGCUACGGAGUUUGAAAUGGCUUACAUCCCGCAUGAGAGUUCACAGAAGAGUUCACGGAGCAUCGCUUAGAGCGGCUUCCAGUAAGGGUCUUCCCUUGGCAAUGGAGAGCAAGUCUCUUCAUAGCCUCACGCCAUUGCGUGUUAGGUGCCGUGGUGAGGAUCAAUUCAUGACAUUAUCAUAGUACA